CAGGGGAUGCCUUUACACCACAGGAAUAAUUUGCUUUAUAAUGCAUUAGGGGAAAAAAGGCAAACAUUUUUCAAAAUAAUGGAGAGCAGAAUGCCUGUGAUAUUGAACAAUCAAGAUAAGUCUUCUCUUGAAAAAUCAAACAGCCCAUUGAAUGGUAACGGAGAACUGUGUGGAUCUGAUGCUGAUUCAAGUACUGAAGAUGCAGAUUUUAAUUGGGAUGAAUAUUUAGAGGAAACAGCAUCUAGUGCAGCUCCUUACACAUCCUUUAAACAUGUUGAAAUCAGUCUUCAAAGCAGUUUUCAACCAGGGAUGAAACUAGAAGUGGCAAACAAGAACAAUCCUGAUACUUACUGGGUAGCUACUAUCAUCACCACCUGUGGACAGUUACUGCUUCUGCGGUAUUGUGGCUAUGGAGAUGACCGUAAAGCAGACUUCUGGUGUGAUGUUAUGACAGCAGAUCUACAUCCUGUGGGCUGGUGUGCAAAAAACAAUAAAGUCCUCAUGCCUCCAGACGCGGCAGUAGGUGCCCUUGUGUUCCAGAGACAACAGCACUUCCAUGUCUCAAAUGCAGCAGCAACAGCAAUAAAAGAACAGCAUACUGACUGGGCAGAGUUCCUGAUUCAUGAUCUAACUGGCUCCAGAACUGCACCUGAUAAACUUCUAGAAGGACCUCUUCGAGGGAAAACCCCAGUAGACCUUAUUACAGUGGAUUCGUUGAUGGAGCUACAGAAUGCACAGAAUCCCUUCCAGUACUGGAUAGUCACUGUGAUAGAAAAUGUUGGAGGAAGGUUACGUUUACGUUAUGCUGGACUGAACGAAGCAGAUUCCUGUGACCAGUGGCUGUUUUACCUGGACUGUAGACUACGGCCAGUUGGCUGGUGUCAAGAAAAUCAGUGCAGAAUGGAUCCACCUUUAGAUAUUUGUCCACUGAGGAGCAAAUCCGAAUGGAAAUGUGCUUUGGAUAAAUCUCUGGCUGCUGCAGCACUGAAUCCUCUUCCAGUAGAGGUGUUUAAGGAUCAUGCUGACUUAAGGACCCAUUCCUUUACCCUUGGCAUGAAAGUUGAAGCAGUGGACCCAAAUGAACCAUCACAUAUCCGUCCUGCAACAGUUUCAGCGGUUUUUAACAAUCUCUACUUCCAAGUGACCGUGGACGACCUGCGAGCCGAGCCCCAAGAAGUGUCCAUGCUGUGUCAUGCAGACUCUCUCGGUCUUCUGCCUGUGCAAUGGUGCCUUAUCAACGGGGUUAAUCUCACUCCUCCAAAAGGAUAUCCAGGGCAGGACUUUGACUGGGCAGACUACCAGAAGCAGUGUGGAGCAGAAGCAGCGCCUCAUGCAUCCUUCAGAAAUACAACAAAUUCUCGUGGUUUUACAAAAAACAUGAAACUUGAGGCAGUCAACCCAAAUAAUCCAUCUGAAAUCUGUGUUGCUUCUGUGACUAAAGUAAAGGGGACAUUUUUGUGGCUUCGCCUGGAAGGUUUACAGAUGACUGUUCCUGAGUAUAUUAUUGAUGUUGAAUCAAUGAAUAUUUUUCCUGUUGGCUGGUGUGAAGCGAAUUCCUAUCUUCUUAGCACCCCACAUAAAGCUGUUGUCAAAAAGAAAAAGAUGAUUGCUGUGGUUCAGCCAGAGAAACAGGUGCCUUCCUCAGUGCCUGUGGAGAAAAUACCUCAGGAUCCUUCUCCUUUUCCCCAGCCUGAUGAUUACGCAACAACAACAACAACAACAACAACUACAACAGUUGUCUCCAAUGGAAAAUAUUGCUGCCCACGACUGUUUAUCAAUCACCGCUGCUUUUCAGGACCCUAUUUAAAUAAAGGACGGAUUGCUGAACUACCUCAGGCAGUUGGACCUGGUAAAUGUGUGCUGGUUCUUAAGGAGGUCCUCGGUAUGGUAAUAAAUGCUGCCUACAAACCUGGAAGGGUCUUAAGAGAAUUGCAGUUAGUGGAAGACAAGUCAUGGAAUUUCCAAGAAGAAACACUGAAGGCCAAAUACAAAGGAAAAACUUACAGAGCAAUUGUGAAGAUUGUCCGUACAUCAGAUCAAGUAGCAGAUUUUUGCAGAAGAGUGUGUGCAAAACUGGAGUGCUGCCCUUAUUUGUUCAGUCCACUACAAAUAACAGAAACAUGCCCAGAGAACUGUUCCAUUCACACAAAGACCAAAUAUACUUAUUACUAUGGAAAAAGGAAGAAAAUAUCAAAGCCCCCCAUUGGAGAACACAAUUUGGAAAACGCACCAGCAAAGCCAGCAAGACGCAGGAAAAGAAGAAAAUCUAUAUUUGUGCAGAAGAAGAGACGGACAUCAACUGUAGAUGUCACUGCAGUGGAGUCAGCGGAGGAUAGUAGAGAUGAAGGUGGAAUGGAGGAAGAAACAGGAAGUGAGGAAACAAGUUCAGAGCUGCGUGAUGAUCACACUGACACAUCCUCCACUGAGGUGCCAUCUUUGCGGCCACGCAGAGCAGUAACACUGAGGAGCAGCAUAGAGUCCAACCGGCCUCCUAUAAUUGAGAGAACUAGAAGAGACAGAAAAACACGAUCCCAUUCCUGCCCCGAGGAGGACAAAAGCACUACUGAGAAAAAUGAUAAAAAGCAGGAGGAAGAGGAACGCCUUGUUCUUGAAAGUAACCCUCUGGAAUGGACGGUUACCGAUGUUGUUCAGUUUAUCAAAUCUACAGAUUGUGCUCCUUUGUCAAAAAUAUUUCAAGAACAGGACAUCGAUGGCCAAGCACUUCUUCUCUUGACUCUCCCCACGGUGCAGGAGUGUAUGGAACUUAAACUGGGUCCCGCUAUCAAGCUUUGUCAUCAAAUAGAAAGAGUAAAAUUUGCAUUCUAUGCACAAUAUGCCAACUAAACAUUAUAUUUUGAUGUUCUGAGCUAAUAUUAAUUAUUAAGAUUUAUAAAGAUACUGAAGCAUGUUUUCUUUUGCUAAAAUGUUUUGUAGAAAAAAAAAGCCCUGGUCUACGUACAUAAUAAUU